UUGCCUGGCUCGGCUAAUGAAGGCAGGAUGCAGAUGAGGGCGGAGGUCAUCUCCGUAGCGAUCGACCCAACCGCCCCGCAGCAUGGCACUCUGACUGGCACAGUGAUGCGUUGCGGGGCUGUGUCAGAGACGCAGCUCAGGUGUCUGCUGGUGUCUGCCGAACGACCUCGCUGCAGGGAACAGGCUAUCAGGCUGAGAGGGAGGCUAUCAUUCGACAUGCCCAACAAUGAGGCGGGAGGUGCCGCUGGUGGUGGAGGUGUCGGAGGUGGUGUGGUGGGGGUGGGCACUGCCAGGGCAGAGCAGGGGGCACCGAAGAAGAGGAGGAGGAGGAGGAGGAAGAGGAAGAGAGGAAGAGGUAGAGACAAAGUGGAUCAGAUCAACGACAGCAGACUGGAAAUGCCCGUCAGUCUCCAGAACCUGCGUAAAGAGAAAUCUCGCAAUGCGGCCCGCUCCCGGCGGGGUAAGGAGAAUUUCGAGUUCUUUGAGCUGGCCAAGAUGCUGCCGCUACCCGGGGCCAUCACCAGCCAGCUGGACAAGGCUUCGGUCAUCCGCCUGACCAUCAGCUACCUGCACAUGCGCACCUUCGCCAGCCAGGGUGACCCGCCGUGGAGCCCCCUGUUGGAAGGGGACAGCAAUUGCAACAAAGGCAAGUGA